UCUCGCGCGUUUCAAACUCGAUUAGGCGGCACUCCUGAUUGCGACUUACAUUCCGGUAGUGACAGUGACUUGAAAGUGACAGUGUCGAAAGCUUUUCCCCAUGCACUUAAUUGGCUUGCUGGUGCUGCUCCAUGUCGGCCUCCAAGGAGUCCAGAGCGUUCCCUUCUACACCAUAAAACCUUCAUAUAUUGAGUCGUGCAAGAUUUAUGAACCAGAAUUUACAAAGUGCUCAACACGAUCCAUUCAGGCCUUUAUGAACCAGCUUAUUAAAGGCGUACCCGAGCUUGAAGAAUCUUUUGGACCCAUCGAUCCCAUGAGGCAAGACCAGCUGGUCUUUAAGCAGGACAACAGUGAUGUGGCCACCCUUUCCGCCAAUUUAACUGAUAUGCUCAUCAGCGGUUUUGGCAAAAUGGUGAUCAAGGAGAGCAAAGUCAGCAAGAAGGAUUUCAGUUGGCUGACUACGAUUUACCUGCCAAAAAUGCGAAUGGAUGGUCAUUAUCAAAUGUUAGGUCGUAUUUUGUUAGUGCCCCUGAAGGGAUCUGGAAAAAUCGAGAUGGAGAUAGAUGACCUGGACAUUCUGAUGAACACCAAGACACACCUUUAUGAAAAGGGCGGCUUUACCUUCUACAACGUGACUUCCGUAAAGGUGAAGUUGGAUGUCGGUAAGGUGCGGACCAGAAUGGACAAUCUUUUCAAUGGACAUAGUAAGGAGGUGGAAAACAGUACCAAUCAGUUCUUCAACGACAAUUGGCAAGACCUUUUCGAAGCACUGCGUCCACUUGUAGAUGAGACCGUGGAAAGAACUCUACUCGACCUUCUCCACAAAACCUUUUCCCUGUUUCCGGCCAGCUUUUUUGUGGAGGACAUACCAACAUCUCUGGCUCUGUAUGGUCGCAAAUCACACAUGAUAAACAAUAAUAAUAACAAAGAGAUCUAAUGUCUACAAUAGAAAUUCUCUUAUUAAUAAAGAGACUUAAUGUAAAAGUUAGAGCUCCA